AUGACAGGAGCUCUUACGUCCCGAGCCGGAUCUGGACGCCGCUCCCGCGAUGCCGCCGCCAUCUGUCCCUGGCGGAUCGGUCGAGAACGGGAGCGCAGGUCGAAUGUCGAUAUGCUGGCUCAAAAAGCCGCACUGCCGCACCCUGCUCUAGCAACGCUCAGCAAUUUCGUAUUUGCGUAUUUGCGCCGACACCUCUCUACGAGCGAUCGAGGCGGAAAGCGGCCCCGUGUCAGAAGUCGUCUGGCAUACUGUGGAAGCGGAGCAGCUGUCUGUCUGAUGUCAAUUCUCGGUGCUGACAAGGCGCUCUACCGUAUCCGCAUCUUCAACAUCCCCGCUAUGAAGCUGAUCCCCAUCGCUGCCUCUUUUCUCCUGCUAAGCAUCACGCAAAUCGAUGCCCUCCCUCUGCCGGACUACGCUCUCAGCCUCCGUGACCUUAGAGCCCGGACCGAACAGAAUCCACUUUCGACUGGAUAUUCUCGAGCCCUUCCGAGCCACUUGACGGGGUCGAACGGCAAGUACGAUGGUAAUAGCAACUCAGGCAGCAGCAACGGCAGCAACAACGGAAACGGUAAUGCCGGAGCUUUCAAUGGCAACAAGAAUGGCAACAGGAAUGCCGGAGAUUCCAACGGCUCUGGCAAUGGGAACGGAAACCUUGGCUGGUCCUCUUUCAACGGCAAUAAGAAUGGCAAUCGCAACACGGGCAGCGGAAACGGUUCUGCCGUGGGCAAUGAAAAUCUUGGAAGCUUCAAUGGAAACAGGAACGGCAACAAGAAUAUUGGUUCAGGCAAUGGAGCCAAUGUAGGCAGCGGAAACAAGGGGGGUAACGGGAUGAGUAACUUCAACGGCAACUUCAAUGGCAACCACAACGUCGGAGACCGCAACGGUGCAAGUGUGGGCAACGACAACAAGGGGAGCUUCAACGGAAACUUCAACGGCAACGCCAAUCACGGAAACGACAAUGGCGCUUCAGUCGGCGAAAGCAAUGUUGGGAGCCUCAACGGAAAUCUAAAUGGAAACUCAAAUCAAGGAGAUGGCAACGGUGCCGUUUCCGGGUUCGGUAACACUGGUAAAGGCAACGGAAACUUCAAUGGUAAUCUCAACCAUGGAGAUGGCAACGGAGCCUUCUCCGGUUGGGGUAACACCGGUGACGCCAACGGCAACGCCAACGGAAAUGGCAAUCAUGGAGGCUCGAAUGGCGCGUUCACCGGCUUCAACAAUAUCGGGUCCUCGAACGGCAACGGCAAUGGCAACAACAAUCGACCCGACCCCGGUAAUCCUGGAAGCGGCAACGGCAACGGCCGCAACACGGGCAAUUCCAAUAUCGGAAAUGAGAACGGGAACGGCAAUGGAAACGGCAACUUCGGGUCGAACAAUGGCGGUCUCGGGACUGGUGUCUACAACGUUGGCGACAUGAACGGCAACGGCAACGGCAACGGCAAUGUCGGGUCGCUGAACGGUGGCAGAGACGGUUACCAGAACCAAGGUAACAACAACGGUAAUUGGAACGGAAACGGAAAUCAAGGAGACUUAAACGGCUCAAACAACGGGGUCUCGAAUCAAGGCGACAAAAAUGGCAAUAGCAACGGCAACGGCAACCUGCACGGUAGCAGCCAAAACGGCUUGACGAAUGGUCAUGACAACGUUGGAAAUGAUAACGGCAACCGCAAUGGUAACGGGAACACCGGAGACCUCAAUGGGUCGACCUCGAGCCUCUCCAAUCAAGACGGUGGAAACGGAUCGGCGAACCUCGGCGACCAUAAUGGCAACGACAACGGUAACUACAACACCGGUAACCGCAACGGUGCUGGAAACGGUCGCAACAACUUCGGAAACAGCAACGGCAACCAGAACGGCAACCAUAACACGGGCGAUUCCAACGGGGUCUCUAACGGUGCAGACAACACGGGCAGCAGCAAUGGCAACAAAAAUGGUAACAACAAUAUCGGCAGCAGCAACGGCUCGUCGAAUGGAAUUGGCAACAUCGGUGGCAACAAGAAUGGGAACCAUAACGGCAACUCGAAUCGCGGGAGCGGCAACGGCAACAGUAAUGGUUCGAACAAUCAAGCCGGUUCCGGUAACAACGGAAAUUGGAACGGCAACGCCAACGUCGGUUCCGGAAACGGCAGUGGGAACGGAGGCCUCAACACAGGCAGCAACAACGGAAACGACAGCGGCAACAGGAACCACGGCGAUUCAAACGGCCUUAACAAUGGCAAUCAGAAUUCGGGAUCAAACAAUGGAAACGGAAGCGGAAACGGCAACACUGGAGAUCUCAAUGGCAACAACAACGGACAACAAAAUUCAGGAUCUUCAAACGGGAACGAUAACGGCAACAAGAACACUGGAAGCAGCAACGGAAGUGACAAUGGCAGCGGCAACACCGGCUCAGGCAACGGAAACCACAAUGGAAACAACAACGUUGGCUCGAACAAUGGCUCGAACAACGGCAACAACAACGUCGGCUCCAACAACGGAUCGAACAACGGCAGCAACAACUACGUUGUAGAUUCGACAUCUUCCACGGCCGUUGGCAGUGGCAACGGCAAUGCCAACACAUCGAGCGGUAAUGGCAACGGUGACGGAAUCGGAAACCUCGUUAUCGGAGCCGGUAACACCGUCGGAAGUGGCAAUGGCAACUCCAACUCGGGUGCAGGCGGCAGCGGCAACGGAAAUGGCAACGGAAACAUCAUAUUAGGAAGCGGCAACACCGUCGGCUCAGGCGACGGCAACGGCUCUUUGUCGGCGAGCGGUAAUGGCAACGGCAACGGAAAUAUCAUCCUGACAAACGGCAACACCGUCGGCUCUGGAACAAACCAGAGCGGCACUGGCAACGGCAACCUCUAUCUCGGCAACUCCGGCACCGUCAUUGGCGCUGGAGGAUCCAAUGGAAACAUUUACCUCAAGAGGCGGCAUUGA